GGUUUUUUUUGUGUGUUGUUGCUGAUCAGGUUUGUAUAACUGGCAGAAGAAAAUGGUUGGUAAGAUUGUUCUGGAAACUGGAGAUAUCUUGAGUCCACCAAAGCCUGAUGAGAGUUCACGCAAAAUGGUUACUUCAGAGUCUCAAGCUGCUGAUGAUCUUAAGGCAAAAGGAGAUAUGCUCAAAGACAGCUCCGGUGAUUUGAUUGGAAAUGAAGAGUCGGUUGUGUCAGAAAAGCCUGAUGAGAGUUCACGCAAAAUGGCUACUUCAGAGUCUCAAGCUGCUGAUGAUCUCAAGGCAAAAGGAGAUAUGCUCAAAGACAGCUCCGGUGAUUUGAUUGGAAAUGAAGACUCGGUUGUGUCAGAAAAGAAUAUUCCUCAGGAUCUUAUUGAAUUGAUUCUUCAACGCCUUCCAGUGAAGUCAAUUUUUCGCUUCAAAUUGACUUGCAAAGACUGGAGGAGUCUCUCUACCCUCCCAAGGUUUAUCUACAAACACUUACAAGUUAGUCAGAGGCGGCUGUUUCUUCACAUAAGGGGCUCUCAAGUUUGGCAGCUUGAUCUAGAAACUGCGACAUAUUCAAGGAUCCAAGACUUUGGAGAAGAAAUUGGAAGCAUCUCACACUGUGAUGGCCUGGUUCUGUUGAGCACAUCUUGCUAUGAGCCUUCAACCAAAACUCUCUCAAGGAGGAUAGCUAUAUGGAGUUGCUCUCAUGGUGAAUGCGCCUGGAUACCUAGAAUUGGGCUCUCCUUCUAUGAUUUCUACUGCCUAGGGAGAGAUAGCAAGAAAUCCUACAAAGUAUUGCGAUUCACACAUGGAAGACAUGAUCAGGGUGAUUUUGAAGCAGAAGCAGAAGCUGAGUUAUAUGAUCUUGACUCACAUCGCUGGAAGACUGUUGAGAUAAUAGAUGACUGGAUUACACAUGGCAACGGCAACUUUGGAGUCGUGUCCGUUGAAACGAGCUCAUAUUGGGUUGCUGCGACAGAGGGUAAAUAUUUUGUCCAGAGCUUUGACUUCACUGCCGAAUGUUUUAGAGCCAUAACUCUCCCAAAAGCAGUUGCUCUCUCUGGUGGAAAAACACUGGCUCUGUCGCCAUUUGAACACCAAAAGCUGUCUAUUUUGUGUCAGAUAGCAGACAAAACCGAGCUUUGGAUUACUCAGGUUGGAGAUGUUGUGAAUUGGGAGAGGUUUCUUGUUUUUAGAGGACAUCAGCUUAUACCUCACAAUCCAGCCUUUCUCAUCAUGGAAAAAAUGGUCAAGGUGUUUUGUGAAGAAGUAACGGUUGAUAGAAGUUUUGCUAAGAUCAAAAUCAGACAGAUAGGUCAGGGCGGCUUUGAAGAUACCCAAAUAGCUCAAUAUCGAUUUGAUAGGCCUACAAGGAGUUGCCUGUAUACAGAGAGUCUGGUUCCCUUGCCAUGAGGUGCGUUUGGUUUUUAUUAGGUAUUUUCUUAAGGUGCGUUAGGUUUUUAUGAGGUGCGUUUGGUUUCAAUGACAAUAUUUUCUUAUGCGUUUGGUUUCAAUAACAAUAUUUUCUUAGGCGUUUGGUUUUGAUGAGGUGCGUUUGGUUUUUCUUAUGCAGGUACAAUGUUUCUGAGGCAAAGCAUCAAUAUAGUCUUCGGUGACAGAACAGUUUUUUUUUUCUCUGGGAGUAUGAUAGGAAACCAGAUGCGGCAGACAAGGUGUUUCUGAACAUGUUAAUACAAAUUUGUUGUAGAUUUGCUUAAGAGAUUCUUUUUGGAUUGGGAUACAGAGAUACUAUAGAGUCAACGGUAAAGUACAGUUUUUUUCCUGAGAGAGUAUGAUAGGAAACUAGAGGAGGGAGAGCAAAGUGUCUCUUUAACAUGUUCUUGUUGUGGAUUUGGUUACAGAUUCUUUUUGGAUUGAAAUACAUAGUCAGUCAAGUGAACUGAACUUUUACUGAAUUCAAAGUUGAGAUCCAUCUCUGAUGGUGGUGUUUGCUGUGUUGUUUGGUUGAUAAUCUUGUUCACACUGAUAGCUUAUGCUUUCAGUGACUUAGUCUUGUCCAGAUGGUCUUUUUCUGAUGUUUUUCAAGAACAUGAAGAUUCCAAACAUACACAUAACAAAUGACAAAGAGCAAAGAAACUUUCACUAUAAAAGAGAGAGAGAAGGCGACCCUCUUAUUACAAAUAAGAAGAACUAAAUACAUUAGCCUUUAGUGCCUCAAACUUCAUUAGUUUGAUGAAACCAGUUAUGAGCAUACAUCCCACAAUAAAGAGAGCAAUCCUUGGCCUUGCAGACCAAGAUUUGGCUUCCAACAACUCAUUCCUAACCCUUUAGAUAUAUGAGCUUCGACCUUCACCUUCGUUUCCAUCUGCUCAAACACACUUUCUUGUUAGUGUCUUUCACCUCUGCUUCAAGUCUUGCAUUUUGGUAAGCCACUGACUCUGUGUCAUCUAACAAAGCUUCAUACACCCAUUUGAAAGCACGAUUGUCAUUGUUUGCAUAAGGGUGGUAGCUUGGAACCUCAAGGAUGGUCUCAAGACUAGAACCAUCCACAAUGGGCAAACACAUGCAUAUACUUGACAAGAGAUUUGUUGAACAAUGGAAGGGUAUCUUCCAAUCAAAUCAAUCUGAAACUUAGCCUUAUCAAACCCAGUGACUGGAUGAAGAUCAUUCAAGAAUGUGGGUAUCAACUCUGAUCCAUCAGCGCCAUCUUUAAUACAUCCGUUCCAUGAGCUCUUCAGCUAAGUCAGUCAAAGAGAAAUAUCAAAAGCCAUUGGUGAUAAUCAGAAACCCUUAAAAACUCAAGGUAGCAGUAGCAACAACCAGCAAUGUAAGAUAUACAGAGAAAGCUUUCUAAAAGAGAGAAGUGAAUUAGGUAAAUUUUAGUAAACUUUUUUUUUUUUUUUUUUUUACUUUUAUCACUUGCAGAAGAGUGUUGUAGUUAUUCCCUCGCAGCCUUGAGGUGAUUUGCUUCGGCCAAGUGUAUGUAUGUAGCUUUCUAUUACACGCCACCCCUUUGCAAGAGAUGUGUUUAUUUUUGGGUCUCUUUUAUUUUCGACAGCUAGAUCAUUUUAAUUUAGUCUGUAAUCAAAUUAAUUUGGGUAAUCAACACAAUAAUGAAGUGUAUAUCGGACUUUUAAAUUCAUUAAGAGAAAGACAUGUCGGUAAAUCUUUUAUUCUUAUUUGUGCCGUUCGACUUUACGACCUAUAUCGCAGAUCCAAUCCCGGCGAAGAACAACAGAAAGCCAUUGGAGCAGAAGAAUGAAAAUGAUAUCGCGUAGACUUACUCCUCGCCUGUCUCCGCCAAGGAGAUGUCAGUUAAGUCUUUCGACAAAGUUCUGUUGGAGAAGGAGUUGGAAGAUGGAGGAGUUCAAACCAAACAUGGUCAUAUGUUGAUCAAUGUCAGAAAACUGGAUGCGUGGGGGAUACUUGCUUCCAUCAAUGUCAAUUUUCAGCUGAUGGAAAAGCCAUUAAGAGCCACUUUACCUGCGAUGGAAACAGUGGGAUUGCAAAAGUGAUUGUCAGUACGAAUUGCAUGAUGACUAGAGGAAAAGAGACGGAGAGAAACCUACCAAGUACUUCGUUAAAUGGCCACUCAAACAUGUCUAUGGCAUUCAGGUGGCAGAAAAGAACAAGGAGACAUAACUGGAAGCAAUGGAGGAAUAAAAAAGGACGAAGGAAGAAGAGGCCAUGAGUCAAAAGAAAGAUGAAGAUGAUCUCAUGGAACUCCAUAAACAAGAAGCUCUCUUAACUGCAUAAGAAGAAGGAGAAAACAGACAAUCUGAUCAAGGUCACUCAUUGACUCACACUUUCCCCUUUUAACUCACUAAAAUGCAUCGGUGGAAUUGAUCACUGCUACUGCUUGCACUGAGAAUAGAUGGAAGUUUUCAUGAUUGUAAUUCUGCUCAUCUACACCCGUUCAACGCUUUGGUUUGUUUCAUUUUCUCAAGCUUGAAUCCUUUCAGCGUGGAUAUAGAGUCUUUUAUGCUAAAAAUACUGUUUCCUUGGACUCUAAAGUCGUAAAUGAUAUCACAAAGAUAUUUGAUACGAUUAAGUAUUUAGAAGCGCAACGUUAGUAUACAUCUCUUACAAAGUCGCAAACCAUAAACAUUAUGUUGUACAAAUAUCGACGAAUUGUACAAGUCACCAUAUACAUAUUGCCUCAUAACGAAUUGUACAAGUCACAGGACACAUUUGAACUUAUUAUUUGAAGUUAAAAACAAGACAAGAGUACGGCUUUAAAAAAAAUAACUUGUUGCUGAAGCAAACAAAUGUUUUAACAAGCAAAAAAAUAACUUGUUGCUUGCAGGCCAGUAGCCUUGUACUUUGCUUUGUCUGUUUUGUACAUGAACAACACACGAGCAUGUCAACGUUACCACCAAACAAGUUUUGUUAUUUGUUUGAUAAAUAUCAUAACCUUGGGUUCGAAAAAAAAAAAAGAAGAGAACAAACCGUAAGAACGACAAUAGAUUGGUGUUUUAUAACGCCAAAGUUGAAGUUGAGAAGCUCUCACUUCUUGACUUGAGAGGUUUUAGAGUGGCUGAAACAGAGCGACCCUUGGGCUUAAGUAGAGCGAACCCUUAUUGACUCUAUGCACGUUCGUCUUGUGUUAGUUACUCAUCUCGAUUGGUAUCUAGCUAACGUGAAACAUAAACUUAGAAAGUAUGCAAGUGAUGCUAGAUUUAAGAACUUUGUGUGUACCAGUUUAUGCUAACGGCUUGAUUUGAAUGUCCAAACUUUAGCAAAACUUUGCUUUCUUAAAAUCUCACAUUCACAAAACUUCAAACCUAUGGUAUCUCAACAUAUACCUGUUGCCGUUACUUCUUCCACAAGAGGCACAGACAUUAAAAUUCUUGUAGCUUAAGAUUCCAAACAAUUUAGCAUGCUAAAAUCCAACAAACCUAGCUAGCUAGCUAGAGAAAAAGAAACUAAAUAAAAUAUUAUACAAAAAAAACGAGCAAUAUCGAAACGUACGAAUCACUUCUCCUCCUCGUCCUUUGUUGGAUUCUUCCUCGUCCUUUGUUGGAUUCUUCUGCAAGGUUAUGCGAAGAGAAGAUAACCACAGUUCCUUGGAUCGGUUUUAAUGGUCAGCUCGGUGGAACAGUUUGUGCACUUGAAGUAGAACCUAUAAAUUUCAAUCCCUAGGUAUGUUUCUUCGGUGACUUGUUCUACACGUCUAUUGAAUUUGGUGCCCUCCGACAUGUAAUUACCACACUUGUUGCAACGAGCAGGCACCGGAAGCAUAAAUCGAUUCUUUUUCUGAUGGUUCUUCGGUUUCAGGAGGCGAGGUAUCAUCUUCGGAUCAAAGUCUGCCGGAUAAUUCUUGUUUAGGACUUUGCGUUCUGCCAUAUCUUCACAACACAACGAAUGGUUUGAAUCAGAAUAGUUAAGGGUUUUAAUUCUACUCUCUGCUUUAGAACUAAGAGCCUUGACCACCUCUCUUUUUAUAAUACUCGAAUUUUCCUUAUCCCAAUUGUGUUAACAAACCGACUUUGAUAAAUAAAAGGAAAAUAACCUUUUUGUUUUUUUGGUUCAAAAAAUAAAAGGAAACUAACCAUUAUCAGGUUUUGUAUUGUAAAAAAAUUAUCUAGUAUGUGUGUUUUAAAUACGGCCGAAUGUAGUUGGGCUUGUGAUGUUUAGUUGUGGGCUUAGUGUCAAUAUCGGCUUCUCUGGACUACGCAUAGCUCUAAAGAAGGAUAUCAAAAAAAAGAAAAAAAAAUCUCCGCAGACGCGCAUCUCUAUAGACUUUUGACAGAGAAGAGAACCUCUAAGAUCGGAAUCCAUGGAAUCGCUCAAAGGAAAAGGGAAAGGAUCGAGGGGAGCUUUGGAGCUCCUCAAGGAAUGGACCAAUUGGUCUCUGAAGAAGGCCAAAGUCGCGACUCACUACGGCUUCAUCCCUCUCAUCAUCGUCAUCGGCAUGAACUCCGAUCCUAAGCCACAUCUCUUCCAACUCCUUAGCCCUGUCUGAUCCUCCUGUUUCAUCAUCAUCAUCUUCGUCAAAACCAGAUCAAUCAAUCCUUUCCGAUCUUCUCGUUAGAUCUUCUUUAUGUUCAGUAACUAAGUUUUCAAAUGCUUUCUCUAUGGUUCUUGUCUGUAUGGAAUCAGUUAGCUUAUGAUAAUGUUCAUUUAGCAAGAACCAGUAAUGCUUUUGAUUAAGAAUUGAAAGUUUAUUUA